AUGGCCCAGCGGAUGCUCCCCGAUUGUCGCCCUCGACAAACAAAAGCAACCGUAGACUUUUUGAAGCGGUUUACCGACCAAGAAGCACAACGUCGGAUCGCGAACCAGCCGAAGCCGUUCUCGGCUGAGGAGCAUGCCGACCUGCGCAAGCAGCUUAAGAGCGUCAACUUCAUCAAGCCGAGAUAUGCAGACGAAACCGAGAUCAAUAUCGCGGUCGUAUGCAGGAAAUGGAAACGUUACUGUCAAGAGCAGAAGCUCGGUGAGUGGCAAGCGGCCUUGGAAAACGUAACUCGCGAGACAAUGAUGAGCUUCUUUCUCCGGAUCAGCGAGUGGUCGAUAGGGAAAAUCAAAUCAUGGGGUACGACGCAGGUAUAUAUCCGGCAGUUUCAGCAGCUAUACACCACCGUCGCCGGUCGCUACAUGGACAGGAAUGAUGCGAAAGAGCUCUACAAGGUAUCUACCAAUUGCGGCAGUCGACAGUUCCACAAUGAUGCUGACAUGGGCUGGGCUAGUUCCACCACACGAUCCUGA